GAGGCGAGAGUGUAACCGAUAGCCUGGCUAUUUUGAGCAGAAAGAAAUUUAAAGUGAUGUGUUGAAGCAGUCGCGAGCAGACAAUGGCACACAUGAAGUACCAUGGAGCUGUGGCCGACCAGCAAUAUCACAUUCUGUCGCAAGAUCAAUCCGGAGAUGCCACAAACUCCAGAAUUAACAAAAGCAAGAGAUAUGACUACAGAGGCACAGGGCCUUUUUUCUACAUUGGAGGUGCAAAUGGGGCCGACUUAGUAAGCAACUUCUGUGAGAAUAGGGGAUGGAAGAGAAUCUAUGACAACAACAGAACAGACUACAUAUUAAAAUGGUGCGAACUCAAGCUACGAAUCAACUAUCAAAACUUUCAACAAGGUAAACAGAUGUUAAACCAUAUUCCUAACAACAAGAUCUUGACCACCAAGGCUGGCCUCUGCAGUUCCCUCAAGGACUAUGAACGUGUAAUGAGUAAAUAUACAAUAACCCCAAGCUCCGGCAGGGGUAUGAAACUAGACGACUUCUAUCCUGAGACGUAUCGCAUGGAUAUGAAGAAGGAGCGUCAAACUUUCUUUGAGGUUUUCAGAGAAGGGCAGAUUUGGAUUUGCAAACCUGCCGAAUCGAGCUUGGGCCGAGGAAUCUUUCUUCUAAGGAAUCGCGAAGACUUAGCCGCCUUCCGCAGCAAACUGGAGAGUGUGACCGAGAAUCCUCACUACAGGUGUUAUUUGUACACUUCGCCCAUUCACAGAGUAGUUCAAAGAUACAUUCACAACCCUCUGCUACUGGAUGGGAGAAAAUUUGAUGUCCGCUCCUUCUUCCUGAUCGCCUGCACCUCACCCUAUGUGACCUUCUUUCACCACGGUUACGUCAAGUUGACGUGUAACAAGUAUGACCCCAAUUCUGACGACCUGACAGGUCACUUAACUAACCAGUUCAUACAGAAAAAGAACCCAAAUUACAAUGACGUGAAGGACGAGACAAUCUGGUCAAUGGAGCGCUUAAAUAAAUAUAUUAAUGAGACUUUCAUGGUAGCAAAAGCCCUCCAGAAGGACUGGGUGUUCACCGUUUUUGCGAAGAAAAUGCAACAGAUCAUGAUGCAGUGUUUCAUCUCUGCUAAGAGCAAAUUGGAGUCUAAACUGGGCUACUUUGACCUCCUGGGCUGUGAUUUUAUGAUUGAUCAAAAUUUUAAGGUUUGGUUACUGGAGAUGAAUGGCAACCCAUCUCUGUACAGAACCUGCGACGUUCUCAGAAACGUCAUCCCCAGCCUCGUGAGCGAAGCCCUCGAUUUGGUUGUUGAAAUAUUCACGAAAAGUAACAAACAAACGACCAUCACGCCACUUCAGGCACAAAAGGACUUUGUCCUGUUAUACAACGCUUGCUCUACGGAGCCCAAUGUGAAGAAUAUCGUACGGGCAAAGACAGACACCAAAACGGCAGAGAAGUCAUCGGUCCUGAAGCGAACUGGCCAGUUAUCCCUGAACCCUUUGAAACGACUUGAGUUGAAGCACCAGAAAAAGUCCGAGGCUGGAGCUGCCGCGGAUUCCAGCGGGCUUCCAAAAGUGCCUCAUCAGAAGAGCAGUUCAUCCUUUCACGGCCCACUUCCCGAACUAGCUCGGUUACACACUCUGUACACCAUGAAGACCAAAAGCAAGAGCAGCCUCCAGUCAAGCAGCCAAAUGUCUGGAGCCUCUUCGGUCGAACACAGCCAUCUAAAGUCUAGUUUGGAGUUAGUUACUUCUAAGGAAAAGGGGUUCGUGGCACAAUAUAAGGCCCCGUUUACCAAGCGGAUUCUUCUGAUUCCGCCCCGCAAAACCUCAGUGAACAAACUGUUUCCGGUCAACACUUCGCUCUACUCAAUGCGCGUCAACAGGCAGUUGGAUGACGUUGAAGAAGGACAGACCAAGAACCUCUGAGUUCAACGUGAACCAACCCCCCCAGAGCAAUAUCCCCCAGAGUGGGCAGGAUUUGAUGCCAGCAAAGUACGAUGACAUGACAAAGUAUCCAAAUCACAGAAGCAAAUUCAACCCAGUUUUAGCUCAUAAGAAGUUAUUUUUUCUUUUUUUUUUGGAUGGGAGGAGAGGGGAAAUAAAACUUUUUUUUUGUACUGCUUCCUUCUUACCGGGCAGCCAACUAUUUCACCCCCACGUCUGACUGUGUGAGCAAAACGUUACCUCAGUGAGAUGUGAAACUGGAUCAGUUGUGCUCAUUAACACUGUAGAAAUGAUAGUGCAUUUGUGGAUGGACAGAGAUAUCAUUGCUUCUGUUGCUUUAUUUGGAGAAAAUUAAAACCCUACCAGUCACAUCA